CAUGAGCCAGUCUGCAGCCAGUGUGGCGCGACUCCCGUUAAGAGUUGUGGGUCUAUUUCAUGUCCGCCAUACGCAUAGCGCUAGCUCUAGCUCAUAGCUCAUAGCUGUGGCUUUAGUGUGACCGGCUGAGUGGAGGUGUUAUGAACUUUGGCCAUCAGUGUCCAACACAGUGUCAGGAUUUGACGCAGUUCAGUGUUGGAUUUCAGCAGCUUCUCUGACUCACAACACAACCUUUCCGCAGCAUUGGCUUCUCGGCCAAAAUUAUGGCAAGCGCAGGAGAACAAGCGGACCGCGAGCGCGAUCGUCUUGAGCUUACGAUGGUCGAAAUGUUGGAGCUGGCGCUCCUCCGAAUGCAAAAUCCGCAGGCCUGUAUGAUGGAGCCCUCGGACCCGACGGCGGAAGCGAUUGCCAGUUUCAUCACGGAGGAGGCGAUGACAUCUGUCGCGCUGGCUGACCUGGACGUAAAGGACGACUGGAUGGGGGCGAUGAGCGCGGUGAAAAGUAUGCCGGACGGGGAGCUGAAGUCGAGAGUGGUUCCGCUGAUGCUGCGCGCGGGCUCCGCGCUAGAACUGAUGCCAGGCCAACAAGGGCGAUUCUUUUUCGUCAAGAAGUCCAGCGCAAAGGUCAGGCAACUGGCAAAUGCUAUCCUGUUGGUGAUACGCGGGUUUGGAGAAAGGGCACAACCGAGUACCGCGGUCUCCGAGCCCACACCAGCGGCUCAGGCCGUGGCGCAACACAGUGCUGCAGUCUCUGGAACUACGCCAGGGCCCCGGACGGAGAUGCAACCGAGCGCUACGGUCUCCGAAACAACACCGACGCCGCAUGGAGCGGCGCAGCGCAGCCCCGCGCUCUCCGAGACGAUAUCAGCGUCCCAAGCGGUGACUCUGAGAAGCUGCAGUUUUUGCGAUAUCCGCGAGAGGGUCGCGCGCGCGUACAAGCUGUGUUCCUUGUGCGUCGGCGAUGGCAAAGCACAUCCGAAAGCGUACUGUGGUGUUCCCUGCCAGACCGAUGACUGGGAGAUGGGUCACUGGGAGGAGCAUGGGUGAGCGAGUUGACCCCCUGGGGUAUGGGAUAGAUUGGAGCUGACCCCCUGGGGUAUGGGACAGAUUGGAGCUGACCCCCUGGGGUAUGGGAUAGAUAGAUAGAUAGAUGGGAUAGUUGAACUCUGUUGCGCUGUGGUCGAAACUUUGUCGACCAACGGUUGUGACCAGCCUGGUCGAGACAUUUGUUUUUCGUCAUGCUUGGUGUAGUCUGCGUGUCUGGGGCUUGACGUUCCUGGUUUUUCACGCGGGAAGAAUGCAGGUGACGUUUUUCGGGAGCAUGUGUGUGAAAGCAGAAUGAGUCAUAUGUGAAACAAGAUAUUCUUGGCAUCUAGCCACCUAGAUCACGAGUCAGAAGCAUUGUUUCUGAAGGGCUAUUGGAAUUCUUUCUUUUCACCUUGCCAACAACUUGUAGUGAUUUUGCACGGGCCAUUUGCGACGUGUCUAAACUACCGCAAUAAAAAACGCAUCCCUCAGAAACAUGUAUUGGACGCGGGCUAUACUGAACAUCCAGCAUUAAUCGAUGGAACAGUUCGGUUCGUUUCGGAAGCCUCUCAUUCAUCACAUCAUUACAGAUGUCAGAUUCGCGAGAUCUUUCGGUUCUCUCACAUCGUGCUUGAAAAAAUCGCUUGGCAAAGAAUGCGUUUAAAGAGGCAUUGCCCCUCGUCGCUAUUUCUUCGAAAUCAGCUCAUUGAAAUUACAACACAAAGAGAGAUUCAAUUCCGAUAAAGUAGCCGUUCAAAAAGCACAUGACUGGAGGAACUCAUGAGUCAGGGUAUUCAUUUCAGAUAUAGGUGCUCAAACACAUGGGUAGGGUAGCAAGUUGGAUUUGGCACUAACGACUGGAAAAUCUCGGAUACGGGCGUGGGCAUGGGUAAAACAUUUACGAAAUGUGUAUAUACAGUCAUUGAAAUGUCACCCAAUGUUACUGCUUGCGCUUCUAUCAGCAAAAAAGCUCCAUUCACGUUGUUUUUUGCACUUGUCGACGCAAAAUAAUAACUUUUAAAACAUGAUUUUCUGAAACUCUUCCUUUGCAAA